AUGUUGCAGUUACAAGCAGCCUGUGAGCAUGAACGCAAGAGACAACGCGUGAAGUCGGAGCAGAGAGCAGUGGAAGAUGUUAUAGAAUUCCAGAAGAAGCAAGAAGAGAACUUGAUGUGGAGGAAAGUGGAGGAGAGCCCAGCAGCUGUAACAGCUUCGUCAUCUCUGGAUGACGCCGCCUGUGAGACAUUUUCCUGCCUGAACGGCACUCAAAAGCGUAUUGCCAAAGCUGAAUAUAACUUCGAGAGGCGACCAGCCACAGACCUAUGCCGAGAAUGGACUGCUACUGACUGCAACACG